UGUUUCAUCUUCUUCUAUAAUAGUAACUCUGUGCAGCAAGAAACGAAUUUUUUUAUAUUUAAGUAAAGAUAAUAUUAAACUGAUAGUUUUUGCCGGCUAUGAGAAGAGAAUAUUUAGUUAGCCAUAUUCAAGAGAACGCUCACGAAGCUGAUAUAUAUUCGUUAUGUGUCAUUUCCGGACGGCUGUGGUCUUGUUCUGGAGAUUCAAAAAUUAAGCAAUGGAACGUGGAUAGUGCAGAACAUGAACUUGUUGAAGAAAUCGACACUCCUCACAAAAUUGGAAUUCACAAUAUGGCAGCCUCGUUGGAGGAACGGUUAGUCGUUUCAUGUGGAUUUGGACAAGACGUGUACUUGUGGGAUCCAAGCACGAAUACUUCUCGAUCACUAGGUGAUUCUGUAGAACAUCCAGGAGAAUGCUGGGCUGCUUGUGUGAGUCCAGACGCACAGACUAUUUCCUUUACUACUGUUGAUGGACGUGUUUGCGUAUGGGACACACAUAGCAAUAGCAAGGUGGCCGACUUGGACACCAAAGGAAAAUUCGGUUUGUGUACGGCCUACUCGCCAAAUGGAAGAUUUAUAGCUUCUGGACAUCAAACAGGACAGCUAUUUUUAAUUAGCACUGAAACAGGUCGAUUGUUCCAUACUUUGUCAGGUCACACGCUCCCAUUACGAAGUCUAGCAUUUUCGCCCGGUUCCUCCCUGCUAGCUGCAGCGGGAGACUCCAAGAUGAUUACGGUUUACGACGUUGUAUCAGGAGACCAAGUAGGUCAGCUUCGCGGUCAUGGUGCCUGGAUCUUUGCAUUGGCAUUCAAUCCUGUUGGAGAUUUGCUUUUGUCAGCUGACAUAGAAGGUCGUGUCAAGGUUUGGGAUAUGGAUACAAUGGAAUGUAUUAGUACAAAAAAUGAAGUUGAAGGUGGCAUCUGGGCCGUUGCUUGGUACAACAAUGGAUUUGUGGUUGCUGGUGCCGACAGGAGCAUUCUUUGGUACAGAGCCGCUGCAUCUGAGUAAAAUCUUGAUUAGAACAAAAGUGCUCUUGUCUUUUAUGUACGUUGCAUGCAAAAAGUUUUUAUGCUAUGAUAUUUAAAUAAACAUACCCAGAAUUAUACAUAGAUAAAUUUGUGGAGUACGGAUUGUAUUAAAGCAAGGAAAGAAAGGAACAUUAGAAAAAACUAAACUUUUAGUCAUUUGCUUGAAGAAUACUCUUCAAACCAUACAAGC